ACUAAACCGCAUACUACGGCAAAUCGACACCAAUUGCAUCAUAGGAGGCGAUUUAAACGCCUGGAGCACAAUUUGGGGCGCCGCCCAAUCCAAUCAAAGAGGCCUUGAGGUUGAGGACAUGUUACUGUCAUCCAACCUAAUCUGCCUAAACAACGGCACAGCCACCCAUCUAUCAACACACAACACGUUCACCUGCAUUGAUCUCACCUUCUGUUCUGCGGCCUUGGCCCCGAAAUGCUCAUGGCAAGUAUUAGAUUUCCUGUACGGGAGUGAUCGUUUCCCGAUCCUCACACAAGUUAACACCCAGGGCAAUCAAAAUCAAUAUAAACAUUGCAGCAAAUUCAAAACAGAUGCCGCAGAUUGGAAGAAAUUUUCUGCUCGUUGCACCCAACUUUGCCGGAACUCGCCUGCAGCAAACAAUCCCAACCAAGAAGCAGCAAAAAUCCUAAAAAUCAUCCGCACUGCAGCCCACUAUGAAGUUCCUCAAACCAAACCGAUUAGGUACCAAAAAAGAAUAACCUGGUGGAAUGCCAAUCUCUCUUAUCUUAGAUCACAUAAGCAACAAGCAUGGCAUAACUUCAAACGCACUCGAUCCGAUCAAAAUCUACUCACCUAUAAAAUAGCGAAUGCCAUAUUUAAAAGAGCCGCCAAAUUAGCUAAAAAAGAAGAAUUUGAAAAAUUCACAUCGAACAUCAAUCCUACAUUAAACCCAAAAACUAUAUGGAACGACAUUAAGAAGCUCACCGGCGUCCAAAAGCAAACUAAUUUUUCCUGUAUUGCUUCUCUCAAUGGACCAAUAAACGCACCACUCGACAUUGCCAACUUCUUCGGCUCCUCCCUCUCUCUUGCCUCCUGUGAUGUCAACUUCCAUAACACCUUCCGCGAGCUGAAAGCCAAACGUCUACAAAAACGAACCGCCGGCAGCGCCGCUGCUUUCACGAUACGCCAAGCAAAUUGAAUCCGAAAUCUGCUUAGCUGAAUUCGAAUCCGCUCUCUAUUCAGUCAAAGGAAAAACGCCGGGACUCGAUAAGAUUUCAUACCCCAUCAUACAAAAACUGCCCAGCGAACUGAAGCGCCGGUAACUCCAGCUAUACAACCAGAUUCUCGAUCGUGGUUGCUACCCGCAACAAUGGAAAACCACUUGCAUAGUACCGAUUCUCAAACCAAACAAACCCGCUGAAGACGUUAACAAUUACAGACCCAUCUCGCUUCUCCCUUGCUUAGGGAAAGUUUUUGAAAAAAUCAUAGCCGCUCGGUUAAUGUGGUACGCUGGCAUUACCAAAUUAAUUAGCCCCAAUCAAUUCGCCUACAGAAAAGGGCAAAGUACAACUGACGCGCUGCUCCAUGUCGACCACCUCAUAUCAAAUGCUCUCUCUUCUAAAAGCCACUUCUCUCUAAUGUCGGCCGACUUUGAAAAAGGUUUUGACGGCACCGGCAUCCACAUUAUUCUUAGGCAACUAGAUAAAUGGAGAAUCGGCCCAAAAGUCAAGAAUUUCAUAAAAAACUUCCUCACCAACAGGAAAUUAGAAGUAAAAAUUAACGGUUACCUUUCCCAUACAUAUCCGCUAAACAAUGGCACCCCUCAGGGCUCACCUCCGCCUGCCUGUUUAUUCAUCAUAGCGUUCGAUGAAAUCGUCCAACUAACAAAAACCAUGCGUGGCAUAGAAUGUAUACUCUACGCCGACGACGUCAUUUUUUUCACAAAAAACGCCGAUACCAACCACGUGGAAUCGCUCUUCGAAAACAUAUUAUCGAAAAUCACUUCUUGGUCUGGACCCUGCACAUUUGCAGGAAACAGAAUUGUCCCGGCGUUUCCAUAGGGUACUCCUACGGUAACAUAAGUUCAGUAGCAGAACUCAAAAUUCUUGGACUCACCUUCGACUCCAAGUACAGCUUCAAACCACAUUGUGCUAAAUUAAGAGAUCGAUUGUUAAACAGCUUUAAUAUAAUCAAAUACCUCUCAUCUAAGAAAAGCCUCGUACACCCUACCACACUGAUCAACAUCACCAAAGCUUUAAUCUUAUCCAAAAUAGAUUAUGCUUUACCGAUCUACAGCAACUGUUCGAAAAAUACAAUAAAUAAACUGUCGGCGCCUUAUCACUCCGCAAUACGCAGGAGCAUCAGAGCUUUCCCCACCACGCCUCUAAAAAAUUUGUUCGCCGAAACAGGCUUCCCAACUAUUCCAGAUAGAGUAUCCGAUAGCACACGCCGUCUUCUCCUCAAACUGCUCCACACGAAUAACUCCAUUCUCUCCGAAUACAUACAAAAAGCGCUUGCAAGAAAGCGCCAACCCAGGCGCUUAUCAACCAUAUCAAGAUCCCUCGAAUUCCUAGAGGAUCUUCAGAUACCUGUUAACAGAAAGCCACCAACAACUGAAUCUUAUCCACAAUGGUUGAUAAACAACAUUAAACCUAUAAUUAAAACCCUGCAGCUUCCCAAAGCAAGCGCCCCGCGGAAAAGUAUAGAACACUUUUUGCUGUGGAAAAAGAAAAACGUCAGAGCCUGGGAUGAAAAUUUUUAUACCCGGAUGGAUCCAAGACAGCAGUAAAUACCUCUUUUGCAGUGGUAACACAAGACGGAAGCACUAUAAAACAUAGCAUACUCCACUCCAUAUGUUCGAUAUAGACGGCGGAAGCAGCGGGGAUAGUCGACGCAAUCACCUAUGCCAAGAUGAACAGAGGUAAAUUCAUCAUUUGCACAGACUGCCACUCCUGCAUAAACGCCAUUGAAUCUCCAACUAAUUAUCAACAUGAAAUGGUGAUUAUCCGCAACGCUCUAAUACACUAUCCGAACAAAAUUAAACUAAUGUGGAUCCCUGGGCACGUGGGAAUCUCUGGGAACGAACACGCGGAUGCUGCAGCCAAAAACGUCGCCAGCGUGCCCUCAUUUAUGUACCACUCUGUGUCAAAGUAAAACAUGCAGUGACGAGCAAAACUGUAACAUGGUGUGACACUUUUUAUUUCAGUCACCGCUAUCUUUCCAAGU